AUGUGGAUUGCAUACGAAGUUUUUGAUCAGUUUGCCAUUAACUUUUACAGGUUAAUCCCCGAACGCGCUGCCGCUACCCGCGUGUCGGGUGUAACACCAAUUCGUGAAGCGCCCGCGCGAACGCCCCGUCUCGCGCGCCACCCACCGCGCGCGCCUCGCACGUUCGCGACCGCCCGCCGUGAGAUGGGAAAGGGAGCCGAGAUGACCCCGCUCGCCGACCGCGCCGACGCUCGCCCCGCCGCGCGCCUCGGGACCCGCGCGCCUGACCCGACCGCGAAGUCGCCCCCGCGUCGCGCUGAGAACGACCUCGACGAAACAACCGCGUCGCGCAUCGUCGUCGAGGCUAAAGGGAGGGAGAUGGACGCGGAGAUGGACGCCGCGUGGGAUAUCACGCUCACCGCCGGGCGGACCGGCGGCGGGCUCCCGGAAACCUCCGAUCCCUCGUCGCGAGCGGCGCUCGCCGAACGGAGGCUGCUGGAGACCCAGCAGGUGCUCGUGCAGGAGCGCGCCAAGCGGGAGGUGGCGGAGGCGAUCCUGGCGGAGACGGCCAAGGCGCUGAGCGCGGUGCGGCGCGCCGCGGCGGACGGCGGAGCGGCGUCGACAUCCGGCGUCGCGCUGCGCGGCGGCGGCGAGGAAGCGGCGACGAUCCUCAACGAGAAGCUCGCCCUGCUCCGCGCCGACUACGACGCCCUGAGGCGCGAGUUUGACGCCAAAGAUCGCGACCACGCGAGGCUCGCGCGCGAGGUGACGCGUUUGGAGGACGGCUUGGACCUCACCGAGUCGGGGCGGCCGGUACGACUCGACCUCGUGAUAAAGGAGAUGACGGACGCGGAUCAGGACGAGCUCGUGAUGUCCUCCAAGCUCCUGUUGGACAGGGCGAGGGAGCUCGAGCGGUCGCUCGCCGAGUUUCGCGAUCUCGACGAGCGGAGGGUGCGGACCAUAGCCGACGUGGUCUCGACGCUGGAGCAGCGGCAGCGGGAGCUCAAGGACAAGUUACGAGACGCGGGGCUCCUGGACGACGAGUACGACGACGAGAAGGUGUUGCGGGAGGGUUUGAGCAGACACAUGUCCCCGGAGGCGAGAGCGGCGAUGGGACACAUGCUCGACGUGGACGUAUCGUACGAGGGCCCGGCGACGUCGCCGCUGGGGAAGAACUUCUACGCCACCAGGACGGUGUCGUGGUGGGACAAGUGGUUCGGGAUCCACGCCGACUGA